AGAAGAACUAUAAUGCAAAGUCAAGAACAAACGAAGUAGAUAAAUCUGUAGCUAGGUUAGCACACACAUGGCCUGAGGCCGGAGAGAGGCGUGGCGAAGGUAGAUUAGAUGUGCGAGUAGAGGAGAGGUUGCGUGCUGUCCCAGGCUGGUAUCCUGUUGCCGUCUCCACCGCCACGUUCCUCCUCACCUUUCACCCACCCACCACCACACCACAGCUACUUACCUUGCCCGCCACACACUACACCAGCUUAGCUAGCUAGCUCGCUCGCUACCUCCUCCUUGGUUCAUUCCCUUCACGGCUAAGUUCCCAGAUAGCCAGCAGCGAUCGUAGUGUGUCGCAACAUGGCGCCGCGGCUGUUGUCGUGUUUUGGCAGGGGCAGCGCGACGGCGUCGGCGCCGGAUCAGCCGGAGGAGGCGGCGGCGGCGGCCGCGCCGGGGCCGGUGCUGCUGGAGCUGUUCUGCUCGCAGGGGUGCGGGGCGUCGCCGGAGGCGGACGCGGUGGCGGCGCGGAUGGUGCACGAGGACCAGCAGCGGGCGGCGGCGGGCGAGGGAGGCGGCGGGGAGCGCGGCGUGGUGGUGCUGGGCUUCCACGUCGACUACUGGGACUACCGCGGGUGGAAGGACCCGUUCGCGUCCAGCGCGUGGACGGUGCGGCAGAAGGCGUACGUGGAGGCGCUCCGGCUCGACACGCUGUUCACGCCGCAGGCCGUCGUGCAGGGCCGCGCCCACUGCGUCGGCACCGAGCAGGACGCCCUCGCCCAGGCCGUCCGCGACGCGCCCCGCUACCCCGCCCCCGCCAUGAAGGUGACGUUCCAGCGGCCGAACCCGAGCACGCUGCAGGCGUCGUUCACGGGGACGCUGCGGAGCCGGAUGGAGGGCGGCGGGAGCGUGUUGGUGGCGCUGUACGAGAGCGGGCUGGUGACGGACUGCGGGCGCGGCGAGAACAAGGGGAAGUCGCUGCUCAACGACCACGUGGUGCGGCGGCUGGAGAAGGUGGCCGCCGUGCGCGACGGCGCGUCGGCGAAGAAGUCCGUGUCCGGGUCCGUGCAGUUCCCGCUCUGGGACGGCUUCCGCGCCUCCCGCUGCGGCCUCGUCCUCUUCGUCCAGAACGCCGCGCUGCAGGUGCUCGGCGUCCAGCACUUCGACCUGCCCGACAACGUGUGACUACUCGCGGUCGGUCGGUCGAGGCUUGCGCCUGCGUGUGUAGACGUGUGCCGUGUAAUGUACUACUAGUAAAUAUUCUUUGUAGAGUACACGUUUGAUUAUUGAUCGACGCGUUUGUAUUGUUGUUGAUUUGUUGGGGGUACGAGACUAGACGAGAGUGGGGAGAUGGGUAAUUGGAGACAUUAUUAAUUCAGACAUUGCAGCAGCCUUGCAGAUGAGAUCAACGCUUUUGUAUGCCGUAUUUGUUCGUGAGUUUGUGUACUCUUCUGCCCUUUGAUCCUUUUUUAGGGCUGUUAA